AUGGACGAUGCUGUAAACGAAGAUGCGGUGAGCACGACAAUCCUGGAAGCUGGUGAAAGCGCUGUGAGCGAAGCGGGCGACUAUUUCGCUGAUGAGGAUGAACCGUUGAGAGGGCCUUCUGAUGUAUUUACCACGAUCCAUCGAGUGCGAGCCCUCAUCAUCGCUAGCAUUGAGGAUCCUUAUACAUCCAAGCAACUGACCAGCCCGCGCAUCAAUACCCUCGUGGUCCGCCCACUGGUAGACAGGCUCUAUGAUCCUGAUGACACCUCCAUAGAAAACCCAAAAGUCGUCUUAGAUCACCAUGGCUCACACUGCAACCCUUUGUUUCCCUUAGUAUACUGCCUCCUCGCCAACCGCGUCCAAUUCCUCAAAGAGCAAACCGCCGCCAAGCACCAGAGCGUCAGCCGCGCGCGCGCCACCCUCUGCGAAGUCGUCGCCACCAAGAUCCUGCGCAAGCUCCACGAGGACAACGCGCCCGAGAAGUCGGGCUCCGCCGGCCUGCUGCGCCUGGCCAACGUCCUCGUCCAAGGGUUUGACCCCUUCUCGGGCGCCCCCGAAGAUGUUGCCCGCGUCGGCAGAUACGCGCACUGGCCGGUGCAGGAGCGCGGCGGCAACGAGGGGAAACUCACGGCACUGGAGCUGGCGAUUCUCUCGGAGAGCAAGGCGCUGAUGAGCUCGCCGGCGUGCCUGCGGGUGAUGAAUGCCGUGUACGAGGGCCAGGUGGUGUAUACGCCGAUAUCGUUUGUGGAUAUCUUGCCGGAUCAUUACAAGUACCACCCUGUGUCGUUGUAUGAUCCGCGCAAGGCUCCUCUGCUGAACCACUAUCGGUUGAUUGUGCCAAAGUGGAGGAGCUUGCUCGAGUCUGUGCAGUUCAUGAUACUGCUGGGGCUGUACAUUCUGACCAUGGUGAAUCGAAGCAACCCGUCUUCCCUCAGACUGUACGAGAGCCUAUUUGCCGUGUAUACGGCAGGAUGGAUUCUAGACGAAUUCGCGGCCAUCAUCGAACAUGGAUGGGCGGUUCAUGCUCAGAAGACGUGGUCAUUCUUGGACGUGACCUUUACCAUCAUCUUUUGCGCUUAUCUCUCUGUGCGGCUCUACGAUGUCUGGAUCUCCGUCGCCCAUAGCUUGGAUGGCACAGACUCUCUGGCGCUGCAUAUCCUAUGCGUUGCAGCGCCGGUACUGCUCACCCGAUUCGCAUUCAGCCUCAUGCCGGACAACAUUGUCUUCAUCUCGCUGCACGCCAUGAUGAAGGAUUUUCUCAUGCUGACAUUCCUCACGCUGUGGUGCGUGGGAGGCUUCUUCCUAGCACUGCAGUGGCUCCUGAUGACCAGCCAAGGCUCAGAGCCCAAAUGGUACACCGUCGCCAAGUGGCUUCUAUGGAUCUGGUUCGGGCUUGACGGCACGGGCAUCCAAGAGUCUGUCCAGUUCCACGUCGUCCUCGGCCCCGCGCUGAUCGUGGCAUUUGCCUUCUUGGGAAACACGCUGUUCCUGACGAUCCUGGUCGCCGUGCUGACCAACACCUUCUCACGCAUCGUGGACGCCGAAGCCGCCGAGAUCCAGUUCCGCCGAGCCGUGCUCACGUUUGAGUGCGUGAGGAGCGACGCCAUCUUCGCCUAUCCGCCCCCAUCCAACAUGCUGGCCCUGAUGCUGAUGCUGCCCCUGAAGCUGCUCGUCUCUGCACACGACUUCCACUCCAUCCACGUCGCCGUCGUUCGGGUUCUUAAUUUCCCCGUCCUGCUAUUCAUCAGCCUGUACGAACGCAACUUGUUCAAAAUCGGCGAGUCAAGUCGGGGCAAGAGGUCGAGCCAGCUGCUUAGAUGGCGCUUCACCGGCUUCAACCCUCACGGCGACAUCGAAGCCGUCUUUGAAGCGGAUCCGCCGCCGGGCGUAGCGGACGAAGCUGAUGAGUUGGAUGGAUUGAGUGAGCUUGGCUUUACAGACGAUGGCAUCUCGAGAUCUUCGAGGGAGAUUAGGAGGUCCGUGGUUUUUAGGCUGAGCAAUUCGAAGAACAGAGAUGAGACGCUGGAGAUGCUGGGCAGGGGAGGCAGUCCGGGAGCAGAGGGGAUAGGAGGGUCUCAAGGGUAG